ACAAGUACUGGGUCAACAUCGGUAUACCUCAAGGGAGUCCCGUAUCGCCUAUUCUCUUCCUCUUCGCUGCAUCUGGCAUCCUCGAGAACUUCGCGUCGACUCACUCCGAAUUUUGCGCCGAAGUCUACGCAUUCGCCUACGUCGAUGACACCUACUUACUAGUCACUUCGCCCAGUUAUGAGCUGAACUGUUAGGCUUUGAAAGCUUUGCACGACCUCCUCAUGCGUUGGGCGACACCGAAUCGCAUGACUUUCUCGCCCCACAAGUAUUCUAUAUUGCAUUUCCGCAAGCCCUACACUCGUAAGACAACAAGAAAGUGUUACUUGUGCCUAAGAUUGGUGCAACGGCGGACGCCCAGGAAGCAAGCGCCCAGGAGGCAAGUGCCGGGAAGGCAAGGGCCAAGGAAUAGGAGCCGAUGUACAAGCCUUUCCUUCGCGUUCUCAGGGUUCAUAUCGACCCCCAACUGAAAUGGACCGAGCACGUCGCCAAAAUCAAGGCUGAUGUUCAGAAAGUGAUGAACAGCUUCCGCCGCUUUUCCGGAUCUACGUGGGGCGCAUCUCUUCACCACAUGAGGCGGCUAUACCUCACGAAGGUGCGACCUAAGAUCACGUAUGCCUGCACCGCAUGGUUCAUUUCCGCACAGCAUGACCGGAUGCGGUGGGAAAUCUCCCGUACCUUGCUCGAUCAGCUCGAGUCGCUGCAGUACCAAUGCGUUGUGCAAAUCUCGGGCGCUUUGCAGAAGACCUCCUACGAGGUACUGCUAAAGGAGCUAUACGUCGAAAAGAUUACAACUGUUCUUCAACGGUUGGCGGUCGUCGAGCGUGCUCAAAAUCUCCAUUCGGAGCUCGAACAGCUGAUAGCUAAACAACGGCCCAGGUCCACGAAAGGCACGCCAAAAUCAUCGCUCGCCAAACACCCUUACUGUUGGCUUAAAGACGACACGACACAGUUUGAACAGGUAUGCCAAAACCGGCUUCGCGCCCUCCACAAUCCCGACAAGUUCAACGCUAUUUGGCACAAUCCGAAGGAGAAAACGCUCGCCCUCAAAGAAUAUGUGAAGGUAAUGGGCGAGGCGACGAGCGAGCUGGCGUGGGACUCGUACCGACAGCGGCGAGACAAGAACAAGCGGCAGCCUCCUGCACUAAGGGAGAAUUGGGGACCGCAGAGCCUCGCACUCUAUGCGGGUCUUCCCAGAGCUCACAGCACCAUGUUGGUUCACUGUCGGACGGGGAGGAUUGGCUUGAAUGCUUACCUCUUUACUCUCAACUCCAAGAAGAGCACGAUUUCUGAGACGGAUUUGUGUCCUUGCCUUGAGGGUAAGCAUACCGUCGAACACCUCUUCGCUCACUGCAAGAAUCUGAAGCGUCAACGCUUCGAAUUGGCGGGAAGGUUGGGUCAUACUGACUUGAAUACCCUGCUCACCCGCAACGCCGACGUCGCCACUAACUGGGCGAUCCGGUAUUUUGGUAUCCCGCAGUUCGAGUGGGUUCGAAAGGACCUCCUUCUUACCCAGCCCACCGAACUCUCAUUUCUCCUCCGCUCGGAGGGGUGACGUCAUUAGCACGUGACUCCCGAGUGUGGGGCUCUGGUCAUCUUUUACUAUGUUUCACGACAGCGAUUUUGAUUUCUUCUACGACUCUCCGCCGAACUAUCGCGCGCAGGUAAGCGUCCCAGGCUUCUACCCCUGAAGCACCGCCGCUGACGUCGCCGGGCUUCAGCAGCAGCAGCAGCAGCCGAGUCAAAGCACGCCGCCGCCGCCAAUAUCAACUUGUGGGUUUCCCAAU